AUGGUCGUGCUGGCCAUCCCUCUGCGAUACUAUCCCAUUUUCAUCUGGGCUUUGGCAAGAGUUUCGGGCACGAUUCUACCCGAGCUGAGGUCGAGUUGGUGGGAGGAGGACGGGCACGAAGACGAGAUAUGGGUUCCGGCACAUGAGCUCUUGAAGGCGUAUGCGACAUACUAUCCGGCCGAAAGAAUCCUCAAUGCCCAUCCAACUCGAUGGAAAUCUUCGUAUUCUCGGAUGCUCUCCUUGUUAGGACUGGAUCCCGCUUUGCAUCCAAGUCGAUCAUCAGCUUGUCCCACUCCGACGGCGAAUGUCUUGCGGCAGGAGAUGAUGACAAUCGCCUCAGCUGCACCCGAACAUAUCGACAUCCAAAUCCCAUGGAAAUCUGCUACCCUGCCAGCUUCGAGUCGACCAUCUACCUCGAUCAGAAAAGCUCCUUCUAAUAAUAGUCGCGCUCGCAAAAAGCAAUCAAAGCAGCUUCACUUGUUGGACCCUGGAAUUUCGAUGGCCGCUGAAAACAUGAAACUUGGUCAAAGCCUCCUCAUCCCACAUCAAGUCCUCACGCCGAGUCAACGUGAACCGAUACACGAUCAAGACAUGGAUUCCGACAAACCCAGCCAACCAAAUGAUCUCUAUGUUGGCCCAAGGGGCACGAUCUUAAUCGUCUUUCUGAAAGACGCCCAAGAACACUUUCAAAAGACAUUGUAUUCCAAACAUGUCCGAUGUAAUUCCUCCAAAUUGUUCACGCAACAUCCUCACUCCCGAUGGCCCAUCAACGUCUAUGCCUCCCUCUUCACGCCCAAAAAAUUCAUUCACGUCAAACGCACUUCUACCAGGGAAAACCAGAGCCUUUUAGCUUGGCAUUCACUCUAUAAAGCUUUGAUAGCAUGGAUGUACGAGCUGCAUGAAGAAAUCUUGCAUCGCUUCAACUUGCCGACGUUUGUAUACAGGUUGCAGCAAGGAAAAAUGAUCACUUGGCUAGAACAACAGAUCUUUUCGCCCCCCACCAGUCUUCCGAUCAUUGGCACGCUCGAGUCGCCGAUCUUUUUUGAUUGGGAUCAAUAUCAAUUGGGCUCUAUUCAGAUCGAAUUGAUAAACUACUUCGCCCAAGACGAAGACAAGAAUCUCCUCGUGCGCAAAACUUCCUUGAGUCUACUCCAACAAUUCCUUGAAGAGCAUCGAGCUGAUUAUGUAGCCUCCAAUUACCCCUUGGAAACUCCGAUUCGGUUAUCUACGUACCCAGAGUUUGAGCCGAUCCGAAGCUUCCUAUCAGGCACAUUGGAAGAGAUGCCCACAAGCAGCAUUUCCCAUGGGAUCAAGGGCAAAGUUUUAGUAUCAUGCCAAAGCCGAUUUGAAAGUUGUUAUAAUGAAAUAUGGAUGAGAAAACUGCAACUGAAGAGCAUCCAUCCCAAGUUACCGAUCGCAAUUUACUUCGUCAGCAGGAACUCAGAUAGUCAAAUCCUGCGAGUCUUGAACCGCCAAGAUAGGAAGUUGAUCCAAGGUAGAAGAUUGGAUCAGGCCUUUAAAAGGUUGACCAAGGCAAUGGAUUUCCUCCACUUCUAUCUGCUGAAGAUCUUGAAGAAACAAGGCGUGGAAUUCGAUAAAAGGAAUGAAGAAUUACUCGAGUGGCUGCUCCAAAGUAUCAACAGACCCACCGGAAGUCUGUGCGUUAUUGGGCCUUCAAGGUGCAAGGGAAAUAGGGCCCCAUGGGAAGAAAUUAUUGACACAAAGAAUGUGAACUUGUUUGGACCGGUUCAACUAGAACUGAUCGAAUACUUUUCGGAACCUUAUCCCAAUCCCAACCUCCCUAACUCAGUAUCAUAUAUCAUUGCGGCUUAUUAUAAAGAACAUCAUCCAAUUGAGUUCCAAUCCUUGGUUGACAGUAUCACUCUUUCUAAUCAGUUCAUGCCCUCCAAAAUCGUUGAUCAAGCGUCGCAAUUUCAGAAGAAAAUGAAAACCAAAAAAAGGAAAACCAGGAAAACUAGUCUCCUGAAGGAGUUGGAAAGUUAUAAAUAG